AUGCUGCGCGCCUACGCGACCGUCGCCUCCAAGCCGCCCUCCCGCCUGCGCGCACGAGGAAAAGCUCCCGUGGGCCUGGACCACUUCAUCCAGCGCCAGCGCGCCCUGGCCCUGUGGCGAGACAUUGUCCGCAGCACCGCCAGCAUCCCCGACGCAGGCGCACGACGAGACAUGCGCCGCUUUGCACGCUCCGAGUUCGACCAACACCGCUCCGUCACUGACCUGGGCCACAUUCGAUAUCUGAUUUCACAUGGAAAGACACAGUUCCAGACCAUCAAGGCCACCCUCAUCAACGCUGGCCUACUCUCCGAAUAG